GACGACUGGUCCAACCGUCGCGAUCGUUACACUUGUGCAAUCUGCCAUGGACCCUGCGGCUGCGCAAGAUAAAGCCGCCCGACCGAACCAGCAAGACGAUGGGGAGGCCGCCCCCGACACGAUUGGAACGCUGGCAACAACCCAGACUAAAACAAAACUCAACAAAAUGAUGAGUGCGUUUGCGUCGUUCGACGACAACAUGCGCAUUGGCACACGGCAACGACGGGAGCGAGAUGAGCAUCGCCUCGCCGAAAUGCGCGCCGACAUGUCCCGGCUCGAGAAGGCGCUGAAUGCAGAAACCAAACGACGGUUCGAAAUGAACAAGUCCCUUCAAGCGUUGUGUGACGACAGUGUUGCUGCCAUGACGGCCAAGUUUGACGCGCUUCUGGCCGACUGGAUGGCCAAAGUCGACGGACGACUGCAAGCACUUGCCGAUAAAAUCCAGGCCCUUGAAGCCCAGUUCGAGUACGAAAAAGUGCACAUUCCACAAGUGAUUGAAGCCCGAACAAACGAGCUAACAGCCAAGCUGAGCAACUUUAUGGACGCGUUCGAAGCCGAACGGACGCGGCGGCUGGAGCGGGAAGCCGAGAUUCUGAAGCGACUGUCGGACCACGAACAGCUCGUCGCCGACCAGUUCUCCAAAGAGCGGCGCGACCGCGAAGUCAAGGCAACGGAGCUCAAGGAAUCCCUCGACAUGUACACCAAGACGCGGCUGCGGGGGGACGGCAAGUUCCAGCACUUGGCACAAGAAGAAAUCGCCAAGAUCCAAAACCUCCUUGUCCAGGAGUCCCAAACACGGGAGCGUGAAGACGACGAGAUCAUUGAUGCGCUCAACCGCUACACCGCAAAGCUACAAGACAGCCUCAAGUUAAUCAAUAGCACUGAAGCCUAGCCUCUAGACUCGCAGACUCCCGUCGUCCUAGAAUCCAUACAUCCCGCACCUCUGCCGACACUCUUCCCUCGAACAGUAUACGGAGCUACUUGUCGUUUUCGUGGUUUGAAUCGCGGUGA